AUGAACAUUCGUGCCUCGCUGUCAGUGGUUUUCUUCGUUGCCAUUCUCAAUGCCCCAGCGUUCUCCCAGGAUGAAGAUGUGAAAAAACCCAGCCGCAGGCGUGGCUCGGAGGACCGUGGCGGCGGAUCUCGAGAGACAAAGGAGGGUGCGGACUACGAACCAAAGGACUUCGAGGGCGUCUUCACGCGAUCCAUGAAGAAAGUGCAGCGACAGGUGCGCAGACGCCACAAUCACUACCGGAGGCUUCACGGCGUCGAUCCCCUCGAAGGAGAUGAUGAGCUGGACCGUUACGCGCAAGCCUGGGCUUUGCACCUGGCGAAAUUAGGAAAGGUGGUGCACAGAAGAAAAAAGACGUAUGGCGAGAACCUUUAUGAAGGAACUUUCGAUGACGAUAACCCAAUCAGAGGGAAAGACGCUGUGGACGCCUGGUACCGGCAGAUUGAUAACUACGACUUCACGAAGAAUUGUCGCCAACGGCGGACGUCCAAAUUCACUCAGAUCAUUUGGAAGGACACGUCCGCUCUGGGCACCGGCAUUGCACGAGGAAAGGACGGGACGUACUACUUAGUGUCGGUCUACGAUCCCAGGGGAAAUGUCAGGGGCGAGUAUCGCGACAACGUGCUGAAGCCUAUUGAAGGCGAAGGCGAGACGCGUCCGAGACCUCUGCCAAAGCCAGGGCCAGAGCCGAAGCCAGAGCCUAAGCCUAAGCCAGUGCUGACGCCAGAGCCGGAACCAGAGCCGAAGCCAGAGCCAGAGCCCGAACCAAAUCCUGUGCCACAGAAACCACCAAAAGUGGUGACGAAUCAAGCCGGACAACCGCUCAUCCGUCUAAACGGCUGCCCCGGGAAAAAAGCCCUCACGUUUAAGAUUAACGUAUCUCCCAACACGUGAAAUUGCCAAGCUAGUAGCCGUGCGUGUACGCGGACAGCAUCGACACACUUUUAAUCUACGCUGUGUGUAGGUUUAGACGUUUGCAAGUCGCAUGUGGAUUCGAUCUCUCUGAUUUUUUUGAUGAGUACGGCGCCCCCUUUGAACCUGAAGUGGAAUGCUACAGUCGGUUUAUGCGAACGUGUUGUAUCGUUUGUUUUGUUACGCUUAUGUUUUUUUGUCUUUUACGCAAUUAUUUCAUUACGAUUUCUAGUCGUUGGGUCUCUGGAAUAGCGAGCUCUUUGGUGACCUUUUCCAUUAGUUUAGCAUCGUCCAAUAAAGAAGAGAGAGAAAAAUAGUCUCGUUGUUUGAAUUGUGACGAAAUUUCACUAUUCCUUUAUGUCAAAGUGUGCUCGAGUAUAACGUUUGUAUGUUGCAUAACGCUGAAUACAAGGAGUAUCUGCAGAGAAAAAAAGUGAGGCAAGCGAUUGAUCUUUGCGCACAUAGGUGAUGACCUAUUUUGUUGACUUGUGUUAAUUUACGUACGAUCUGAAGGACCUUAGAAAUUGGGGCGAUUAGCUCCAACAACUCUCAUUGAUUGAUCUGGGUUAUUAUAUUGCUCCAAAGACUUUCUUCAAAACCUGUGGUUUCACGUGCCAUAACCACCUUCUGAUUAUGAAGGAGUGUGGGACUCCGGAGUGACUUUGACCAUCUGGGUUUCACUAACGUGCACCUGAACCUUAAGCACGCUAGUAUUUUUUUUUUUGCAUUUCGCCCAUAUUGGAAUGCUACCACAGCGUCUGGAAUCAAACCCGCGA